AUUUCGUCACUUGGGAAACUCCAAACGCGAAGCAAUAUGGUUCUUGUCAGAGAUGUGAACUCUCACUGCAACAUAAACAUUUAUUUUUAAAUAUUUUGGUAAAAGAUAACGUUUUUUUAUGCUCUUUACUUUCUUUACUUCUUUAAUGACAUAAUCUAAUUGUGGUAGUUAUUAUGCUUAAGAGCUAAUUUUAUUUUACAGUAUAUAAAUAAUGUUGUCCUUUGGGGAGUUUAUACCAGCUACUUAUUCCAAUUUGUUGUAUCAUACGGAGUUAUUUCAAAAGUCACAAUCAAUGAAGUUUUCAACUCGGAAUAUGAUGUUUGAAAAGAAAAAUAUAAUACCUGGGAAUCUGAAAAAAGAAAAUAAAUAUAAACUUUGUUUCAAUGAAAUACUUGGAAAACAGGGCAAUCUAUAUAUACCUGGUGUAGUUACUAAUUUAAAUGAUUUUGGAGAAGUGAAAGUAGUAUUUGAUAAUGACGAUUCUAUUCCAUAUAUUUUUGACUUGACUAAUGGCAAUGAUGAUGUAAUUAUUAAUAUUGCUCCUCAUCGAAAUGCAGUUAAAGUAGGAUCUAUAGUAUGUACUCGUAUAGAUAAAGAAGAUAUAUUUGUUAAAUCAGAAGUGCUUGAAAUUAAAGAUAGACCACUAAAAUAUAAAGUAAAACUAUUUAUUAAUAACGAGGACAACCAUAUUAAAUGGGUAACACGAACUGAUAUACGCUGUUUAAAUACUCCUAUAGAAAAACUUAAGACAAAUUAUGAUAAUGAAGAGACUGACUCUGCUGUUUCAGAGAUGGAGACAGACUUAGAAGUUGAUGAAGUUUUUACUGCUUCAAAUCAAGUAUCUGUGGUACAAUCUUCUAGUUGUUGUUCAACACCACAAAGUAAUGGCUCUAAAUCUAGUAGAGCUCCUACACCUUCUGUUUAUAAAAAAGGAGAAAUUGUUGUAGCACAAGAUGGUUUUCGUAAAAAGUUUAAUGGAAAACAAUGGAGACGACUCUGUUCAUUUGCAAACUGUGAUAAAGAAUCUCAGAAAAAAGGAUUUUGCUCUCGCCAUUUAUCAUCACAAUAUGAAUUUAAAAAAGCACGAGUUUCAAAUUCAACUCCUGAUAAUUUAAGUAGUCACAGUGUAACUCCAUCUUCUGAUUACCAUCGGUUAGAUGAAUCAGAUUUUGAUGCUGCAUCAUCACUUAUUUCCUUAAGUCGUUGUGCUACACCAUUUUCUGAACCAUCAACUCCAUUAAACAAAUCACCAGGAAAAUCUGUCUCACCUAAUAGAGUGUUGUGUAGUAGUCCACUUCAGCAUAUUGUGUUUAUUCCAUCUACUUAUGCACAAAGUACACCAAAGUUAUCUCCCACUGACUCUGGUAUUUCAUUACUACGAGAAGAAAAUUCAUCAAUAAAUUUGACACCAAAAAAUAAUUUAAAUAAUAAUCAUUUAAUUUUAAAAAAUGUUCAAAAGUUACAAACAGUUGAAACAUUUUCUCCAAUACACCCAUCAGCAUCUUUAGAUGUAAAUUCACUCUCUCCUGUUGCUGUUCAAGCAUUAAAGCCAUUUUGUUGUAUAUCUUCAUCAGUUAAUUCUAUGUCCAACUCUAUGGUUAAUCCUAUACCUCUAGGAUCAAAUAUGAGUGUUUUUACUAAACCUGUAUUUUCUAAUGAGACAACUAAGUGUGACAUAAAUAUAGAACAGCAAAAUAUUAAGAGCCCUAGCUCAAAGUGGAAUUCAAGAGGUAGUCAAAAAAAGCUUAUUCAUAUUGAAAAAGAUCAUGUUAGAAGACCAAUGAAUGCCUUUAUGAUAUUUAGUAAAAAACACAGAAAAGAUGUUCAUAAAAGAAACCCAAAUCAGGAUAACAGAACUGUAUCCAAAAUCCUUGGUGAAAUGUGGUACAAUAGUAGCCAAGAUGAGCAACUUAAAUACAAACGAUUAGCUGAUGAUGUAAAAAAUGCUCAUUACAAAAACAAUCCUGAUUGGAAAUGGACAACUAAAGACAAAUUAAAAAAAAAAGAAAAUAGUGAACAAACAAUUAAUAGUGGGUAUAAUACAACUUUCGAUGAAAACAUCAGUGAAAAGAAUUCCUCUAAAGAGUUAAUGCAGCUUGAUUGUAAAGAAGAUUCAAGUAUUGCUUUGGAUUUUGAUCUAAAAAUUCCUUUGUCUCAGUCAACUUCUUUAACUAGAAACUUUUCCAUAACCAAAAAGAAAUCAUUUAGCUUUGAUGCUCAAGAUAUUGAAGAGCAUGAACAAGAACGUGCUGCUAUACUUUUAGAAAAGCAACAAUCAUCUAAUCAUUUGCUAAAUUUAAAUGGAAGCUUCCCUGUUAAAAUUACAUCUAUGGUUUCUCCGUCGAUUACUCCUAAUAAAGUUUUUCAUUCGAUAUCUGAGCUUAUAAAAAAAGAUGACUCUUACAAGGAUCAAUCUUGUCCUGUUGAGGGACAACAGUCUUAUAUUGUUGACCAGCAGCUUGAUCAACAUUUAAGUUUAGAUAAAAGGUUAGAUAGUUUUCCUCAAGAAGAUCCAGAAUCAACUAUGGAUUUGGAUUUAAAUUCAAAAAAUAUAUAUAUACCUAGAAUUCGUUUUUCUGAUUCUCAAAUCCAUUUGGGUGAAGACUCGCAAGAUGUCAAACCUCUUCUUACACCUUUGAGUCCAACAAGAAAAUCAAUUUUGAAAAAGAAAACUGAAAAACUUGAAGAGGUUGAUCCUUCUGAUCAAGUUCCAAGCGCAUUGGUUAAUCGGUCAGGAAAAACCAUUGUGUCUGAAAAUCACAGUGAAAAUGUUAACUGUACAAAUUUGAACUUGUCUCAAACGUCGAAGCGCAUUAGUCUAGAUAAGAGGCGUAAUCUUGUUUUAUCAUUGUUUGGACAGCAUGGUUUUUACCCCCCUGAAAGUGUAACUGUUGCAUUUCAGUCAAAAUAUAAAGACUUUUUUCCAACACGUUGGAGUUUGCAAGUCAAAAUUAGAGAAGUGCGUCAAAAUAUGAAAAGAGCUAGCCCUCUCAAGCACAAGAAUCGGUAAAAUAUAACGACCAAUCUUAUAUAAUUUUUGUUUCUAUAUUUUUUAUUUUAUAAAUAUAUUAGUUUUAUAAAACACAAAACUGUUUUACUGAUGAAAUAAUAUUAUGAUCGUUAGAUUCUUUAGUUUUAAUAAGUUCUUAUAUAAAACUUGUACCACCAAAAUAGAUAAACUAUUAUUUACCUUAUUAAAUGAAAACAAAAAGAAUAUAAUGUCUCAUCUAUAGCGAGUUUUUUAUUUUUUUACUUUUUUAAAAAUAAUGUUGAUGAUUGAUGUUCAAAUCCUUGUUAACGUUUGUUAUCAAGGAUUUGAACAUCGUUAUAACGCCACGUUGAAAAACUAAUACAAGUAGAAAGAUUUUUUUAUAAAUUUUAUUAUCUUAAUGUGAAAAUUAAUUUAAAAAUUGGAGGUACAUUUGAUAUAUUAUAUGCUAUAUUGUUUACUAUAUUGUUAAGGUAUUUUUCAUGUUUUGUUACAAAUGUCCGGAAGCGGAGGUUUUUUUUAAAUGUAAACAGUUUUAUUGUAUUUUUCUUAUUUAAGCCCGUUAUAUGCGGCAAUCUAUCCUUUCUAUUACGGAAGAUAUUUGUUAAAGUUUUGUUUUAACUACAGAUUCCAUUCUUUCACUUCUAAAUACGAAAAUCUUUGAGAUUAAACUUAAAUCUAUUAGAGUUUUAAGUUAGUUUCUUUUUUAAUUAAAAAAUAGGAAAUAAAAAGUAAAGUGUAUUUUCUGUAAUUAUGAUAAGUUGGUGCGAGUUAAAUUAUAUCGAUAUAUACACAGGUUUAAAUUAACAGGGCUGUCGUUUUUAAGCCUAA